CCCCGGGCCCCGCCCCUCCUCCUUCACCGCGGUCACCCCGAGGCCUAGGCCGCGACUACGCGGGGCAGCGGCUACGCGGGGGCGGGUCCCGGGCUCUCGGCCCAGCGAGCUCCAGAGCGAAUCCCGCCCGAGAAGGGGUCCUGGAAACAGGAAUCUUCAAAAAUCCAUCUCAGCUGAUUGGGGACAAGAGCCAACAAUCAGCAAUGCUGCCCAAACCUGGUGUCUACUACUUCCCCUGGGAGGUCAGUGCUGGUCACGUUCCUGAUGGGGGCACGCUGAGAACAUUCGGCAGGUUAAACCUCUACGACAUGACCCAGUCCCAGGUGACCCUGACGGCUCAUCGUGGAUCUGAGUGGCACCAAGUCCUUGUCUGUACCAAGCUGGUGGAACCAUUUCAAGCCCAGGUGGGCUCCCUGUACAUCGUUCUUGGGGAGCUGGAACAUCAGAAGGAGGGACGUUCCUUGGUGAAGGCUCGGGUGCUGACCUGUGUGGAGGGAAUGAAUCUGCUCUUGUUGGAACAAGCCAUCCGGGAGCAGAGGCUGUACCAGCAGGACAGGGAGAGCAGCCAGCAGAAAAUGGCAGCUCCUGGAAGACACCCACCUCCACCUGCUCCUGGGCCCAAGCCCAUUGGAGAUGCUGAACACGAGACUUCCCCAUAGUGACUAUCUACUCGGGAACCACAGUGGGUUUAUUAAUUUGAGAUUGUCUCUGACAGCAAGUGAACCUGCUGUCACCCCUCACUCUCACCCCUUUGUAUACCCACCCCCCUUCCACCCAAAUCAGGAGACUACAGGAGACUGAGCUCUGGGGGGCGGGGUCCCUGUGUGCCUUGUGUGGGGCCAUGGAGGGCUCCAGAAGAUCCUGAUGAAUAAAAGCAGCAGAGGGAGA